AUGCUGGUGCCGUACGCCCCGGUCGCUUCUGCCAGGCUUGCGCAGGUCAACGUCUCUGCACGCCGCGCCCCCCUCGGCGCGCACCCGGCCUCGUGCGACCCGGACUCGAAGCACCCGGAGCAGCGGGGCAUGUGGUGCCUGUCGGCGUGCCCUGCCGGCUUCGAGCCCUCGGGCGGCACCAACUGCGUGCAGGCGUGCGGGGGCGGCUUCCCUGCGGAGGGCAUGGGCGUGUGCGGCGUCAACCAGGGCGAGCUCGUGAUCGCCACGACCGAGAUGGUGUCCAUGGUCGCCAACGGCGCCAUCGAGUCGUACCUGCUCAUCAGCGACAUGAAGGACAGGGACGGGCGUGCGCGCCGACAAGCUCUCUGCCACGAUCGACGUGUUCAUCGACAUGGGGAAGCCCUUUGCCCGGCCGCAGUGCCCCGUGGCGGAGCGGUAGGGCCCCGCCCUCUGCCCGGCCCCCCACGGCCGUCUCCAGAAGGUGGGCCUCGACGGUCGACGGGGGACAUGCCCGACCUGACGAUGACCACGGCACCCCCUCGUGCAGGAGCCCGCGCCUGCGGGGGCUGCCUCUGUCGGGCGUGGCGUGGGUGCAAAGGUGCAUGCCCUUCGCUCCCUUCCCGCCUCUGCCGCCUUUUGCCGACCCCCCGGCUGUUUUCCGAGAAAGGCCGGAGGCGGCAUCCGCCGGUCCACCAGCUCUCUCCUUUCAAGCAGUGGCGAAGCGUCCUGGCGUGCCUACCGAACAACGUGCUGAGAACCUUUUGA